ACUCCACGAGAGCCGCAAGCACCCACCCAUAGGCAGUCGAAGCAGCAAGACCUUGAGGGCGCCGUCCAUAUGGCUACUGCCGAAUAUGUUCGGCAGGGCCAGUCGGCGGAAGCCAGGGCACAGGAGGAGGCUCGCUUCCGCCGACAAAUGCUGGAGCAAAACCAGCGGCACCACGAGGCCCAUAUGGACAUCCUGCGCCAGCAGCAUACAGUCCAUAUGGAGGUACUGCGGCAGCAACAUGCUGUCCACAUGGAGGGACUUCAACAGCUGAGGGAGGUGGUUGGCAGCAUGCGCGACGUGCAGCAGCAGCGGCUGGCAGUGGAACGACGCGCACAGGAGACACACCAGCGUAUCCUGCAGCUGCUGCUGGCUGCACUGGCCCAUGGUGGCAGCCAAGUCCCUCCCCCCUCGCAGGACCCACAUAUGUAAAUAAGAAGUAGCAUAGGCAAGGAAUUUUAUACCAUUUUUUUAUUAGCUUAAAUUUUGCUGUUGUAGUAAUGGUGAUAUGAAGGCCGGAUAUUGCUAGUUAGCAAGAAAUAAUUGCUCAAGUCACCCUUUCAUGCAACCACAAGUAGCAUAGCCGUUGCAGCAUGAUUUUUUUUGCUUGAAUUUGUACUUCAGCAAUAAGA